AUGCUGAAUGAGAAGUCAUUACCAGUCAAGAAAGGGUUAAGGAAGACAGAUGAGAGGACGAUUGAUAUCACUCAAGGGAAGAGACUGCCUGAUGAGGAGCCAAGUGUGAAGUCAGUAAAGCCAGCAGUAAAGCCAGAAGUAAAGCCAACAGUAAAGCCAGCAGUAAAGCCAGUAGUAAAGCCAGCAGUAAAGCCAGAAGUAAAGCCAGCAGUAAACCCAACAUUAAAGGCAGAAGUAAAGCCAACAGUAAAGCCAGAAGUAAAGCCAGCAGUAAAGCCAGAAGUAAAGCCAACAGUAAAGCCAGCAGUAAAGGCAGAAGUAAAGCUAACAGUAAAGCCAGAAGUAAAGCCAGCAGUAAAGGCAGAAGUAAAGCUAACAGUAAAGCCAGAAGUAAAGCCAGCAGUAAAGGCAGAAGUAAAGCUAACAGUAAAGCCAGAAGUAAAGCCAGCAGUAAAGAUACGAGACAUGCCAGAGAUACGAGAGAUACCAGAGAUACGAGAGAUACGGGAGAUACGAGAGAUACGGGAGAUACGAGAGAUACGGGAGAUACGAGAGAUACCAGAGAUACGGGAGAUACCAGAGAUACGGGGAUGUGUUUAG